UUCAGUUGCUGUUCUAUUAUAUGCUUUUAUAUAAGUUUGGUUUGCAAGCUUCCUUAAGGACAUUUAAAUAAAUAAGUAGGCAUAUGGAUGCUCUAAUUUACAUGAGAGAAAGCACCAGUGAACACAGUAGGGCUUACUUCAGAGUAAGCAUACAUCGGCUUAUAUGAGAAGAGCUCAGGAAUACAUCUAGUCAGGAAACAGCCUAAGAAACAUGUGGUUUAUGCAGCGCCAGCCCACUUGUUGUCCCUGAAGUUAUCUUUGCAAAUGACUGUGAAACAAAACUUUUAUAUGUAAUACUGGCUACAACAGCUCUAUAGAAUUCCGGCAUUGUGAAACAUCUGGAGUCUUACUUUCAAGGCCUUCAUCAAGAGGGGAUUUUCUCUCUCUCUACCAGUUACAAAGUGUGUCUGCACACUGUUGAUCAGAGCAAUGACAACUUUGCAUGUGAACCUCUUGAAAAACAAAAGAGGGUGGGGAAAUAAAAACUAUGGAAUGAAAGAGACUCUUCUCUUUUGUAAAUAUAGAUUAUGAAUCAUAGCAUUUUCCAUAUGAAAUUACUUGGUUAAUACUCUUUUCAUUUUGCAUAUGCGUCCUCUUGAAUAGUGAUUGCUUGUAAUUUCAGAUGUAAGGAAAGCACUGGAUGAUUUGCAGAAAGUCAUGACGAACUUUGAAUCCAGAAUUGAAUUCACAGAAGAUUUGCAGAAGAUGAGUAAUGUAAGAUAUUUGUUAUUGCAUCCAAAGGGCACUUUAUAAAAGUGAUAAGAAGCAUAUGAACAUAACAGAGGCUACUCACCUCUCAAACCACUUCACAUUGCAAAGUUUGUUAGGUUCAAGGACCAGGAGCUGUUAAGACUGGCAUGCAUCCAGAAGGAUUUACAACCUUAGUCUUUGAAGAUCAGAAACAAACCCAUCCCAUGUCAUACCACAAACUAUUUUCAAAACUCCCCUCAGUUUGCUUGCUACAUAGCAUGGGCAACUGCCAUUUGUGACGCAGAAGUAAGUCCAAAGCUCACUUACCACUAUCUAACCAGAUAUGUGAAUGCUUAGCAAGUAGUUACUAUCAAAUAUACUUGCUAACUCUAACAUUUUUUCCAAUUAGGCAGCAGGUGAUUUUGUGGAUAUAAGAGAAGUUGCUGAAAGUAAUGGCACUGAAACAAAAGGUGAGGUUUUGUGGUUUUAAAAUGUGCUCAACCAUUGUGGGAUCUGUGUUUCACAUUUAUAUUAUUUUUUUCUAAUACGAAAACCACAUGGUCUCCAAUUUACUGUAGUGACUUAGUGCGUAAGGUUAGGUUUCUCUAGGCACUUCUGAAAAUGGCAAGAUACAUUUAUAAACUGAGGCACAUGCAUCAUUUAAUGUGAUACCCUUAUAACCAAGCUAAAAUAAAUAGAAUUUUUGUGCCUCUUCCUUGAAGAGUCCAGAAUAAGUUUCUCAGACAUACUUGUUAUACUGUUUUUCAUCAUUUCCCCAAUACACACUGGAGUAUGUUAUAAAGGAGGGGUGGCUAGCUAGCCCUAGCCAGCAUGAAUAAUAGUCAAGGGCAAUGGCAGUUGUAGUCCAGUAGCAGCAAAUGAACAUUUACUGUAGAGAGUUUAAGGAAUAAAGAAGAAACUCUCACAUACCCGAGAGCCAUUGUGGAUCUUUCAGCCUUGGAUCCGCAGCUGUUGUUGGAUUACAACUCGUACCAUCCCCAGCCAGUUUAGCCAACAGUCAUGGGUGAUGGCACUUGUGGUCUUAACAACAUUUGGGGGACCCAAAGCAAAAGAACACUGGUGUAGACACCAUGGGACUAGAUGGACCUGUGGGCAGACUUAAUAUAAGGCAGCUUUUUAUCUUCUGAUAUAGCAGAUGUAAAGUUACUACAUUGAAAAUAUCCCAGAAAUGCUGUUUUUCUGGUUUUUUUGGGGGGGUGGCGGCAUGUAUUUUGGCAUUUGGAUAAACAUCAGGUACUUUUUGCCAUGCGACGAUUAUAUAGUUCAUUGGUGCUACUUAAAACUUUAGUAGUAAUUUGAAACAUUUUUUUUAAUGUUUUUUGUCCAAAGUCCUUCAUUACAAUUGCCUUUUUGCUUCCUUUCCUUUCCUUUGUAUUAUGAUGGUAAUAUAAUUUUUUUAAACUCUCUUGCUUUGUUUAUUACACAGGAAAACACAGAAUUGCUCACAAACCUCAUUCUAAACCAAAAACAUUUGCUUUUGAGGCAAAUCUUCAAGAAAAUGGAACUGGCGAAAAAUCCAGUGAGGACUUGAAAUCAGAGGAAGACUUUUGGGCCAGACUAGAUGAACUAGAGAGACAAGAAGAGAUACUUGGUGAACUCGACAGGUAUCUUAACAGUUGUUGGUUGGAGCAUUCUGUUCAAAAGAAGAGAGAAUUUGUAGGACUGAAGCUUGGAUAUUUAUUGAGUCAAACUUUUCCACUUAAUCAAGUCUGGGUUUUCAAACAGGGAAAGACAUUGGUGAUUUGUGUUUCCAUUGUUGUCAAACAUGCAUAUUUUGAACACUAUCUCAUGCAUUGAAAUUCUCUCUGAGUCUAGGACUGGCUACAGAAUUCUGCUUAGCACUUAGAAACACUCUCCCUGGUCUUCCCUUUUUGGUGAACAAAGCCUGACCCAAAUUUAUAGUGCAUUGCAAUCCCAUAUGCAGUGUUGCAUUUUGUAUAUCUGACAUUCUGUGAUUAUUAUACCAACGGUCUCAUUACUUUCUGCUUCUGCAACAGUUUCCAUUUCCAAUCACAGCAAAAAGGAAGUUUCAAAGUUCUUUUCUUCAUCUGGAAAACUUGAACUUCUGUAAUCUUCCUUUGUUACAGGACGAGGUUGCUGCUUAAAUAAAAACAAAUUGACCAGCAAAUACAGUAGAUUUGGCUUGGGUGCUGAUGUGCAUAAACAGAAACAUAUACUUACCCGUUUUAGUCACUUUGAUAGCGAAAAAAGGGAAAUCCCAGGAAAAUUGGGGAAGGAGGGAGCAGACAGGAAAAUGGUAGGAAAAAAAAAUGCAAUGUUAUACUGUCCCCACUUUCCUUUUACGGCAGAAGGAGAGUAGAGACAAUAUAACAAGAGAUUGAACGUCAGCAUUUGGAACACCCAAAUGAAGUUUCCAAGGAGUCCAAAAAGUGUUGGGCAUUAAACUUUUUCUCCAUCCCCUUUACUUCCUGAUCCCCCACCCCAAUUUUAAUGACAGCAGAAUGUAAUAAUUUAAGUAGUAAGUGCGGAAUCUUCUGGCUAACACUUCUGGCUGACACAUAUUUUCACCAUAGACUUAAAUUAGUUUUACAGUAAUUCAUUCCGCCGAGGGAACCAUGGGAUUUGUAAUUUUGUGAAGUGGAGGACACUGAGAACAUAGCGAAUAUAGGAAGCUCUGUUAUACCAGGUCACAUUAUGUAUCCAGUUACCACAGUAUUGUCUACUCAGAUUGAAAAUGCCUCUCCAGGGGGUCAUACGGAAUUCUCUCCCAUCUCUUGCUACUAAAUCCUUUUAAAUGGAGUUGCUAAGGAUUUAACCAGGGACCUUCUGUGUGCAAAGUGUAUACUCUGCCACUGAGCCAUGGUCACUCCUAACGUUUCUCACCAAACAACAAUUCCCGUGAUUCUUUAUAGGGAGAGAGGAAUGACCGUUCAGGGGGAAGUAAACUGUUAUAACAUAGUAGUGCAGGUAAAGCCUUUGACCAUACUGGAAUUCCAGGACUGAGUUUUCAACAUCUUUCUAAAAGAAAACAACAGUUGCUUAGUUGUACUUAAAGCACAGUCGAAUAAAUUCAAAGCACUGUGCCAUAAAAGAGUUGAGAUGAGUCUUGAGGAUGAGAUUGGAUCACGCAGCAGCCAAAGUUCCAGAACCAUCAGGUAGCUGGAUUUAACUUGUAUUAGAAAGUAAUAAGAAGAAAUUGGUGGGCAAAAAGUGCCAAAAUAUAUGUGGAGUAGGUAGGGGCUUUUUUUGGGGGGGGGGCAAACUUUUAAAAAACCUUCAGUAAUUUUACUUAACAUUUACUUAGCAAAAUUUGUAUACUGCUCGAUUGUAAUAAAACCUCAUGAGAUUUCUCCUCAAGCUAAUAAUUGGAAGUUUUUGGUGGUUUCUUGGUAAAUAGGAACAAUUGGUGACAUUGGAAAUAAUGGCACGUACGUUCCCAUUGUUCACCACAGCAGCAGAGCAUACUAUUAGAAAUCAUAAUUAGAAAUCAUAACAAGUCUGUUAGUGGCUGCUAGUCAGGAUGGCUAUAUGAAGCCUCUUCGUUUUAGUAGAGUAAGCUGGGGAGCAACAAGAGAGAACUGUUGCCUCCAUGUACUGUUUGUGAAUGUCCCAGAGGCAUCUGGUUGGCCAUCAUGGUAAACAGGAAACUGGGUAUUAUUUGUUUAUUUGCUCUAUUUUGCAGAUUUAUAAACCGUUUCACAGCCAGAACCUACUGAAGCAGUGUAUAAUAAGAUAGAAUGAGAGAUAGUACAAAAUAUAGAAAGUCUAAAACAAUAAAACCAUUUCUACAAUUGUACAGUUAAUAUUCCAUAAAAAGACUCAGUCAUGCUUCAGGGAACGCUAUCUUAAACCAAAAAAGAAAAGAAAAAAGUCUUUAGUAUCUGCAUAAGUAACAAACUAAAAAAAAAAAAGGUAAAGGACCCCCGACAGUUAAGUCCAGUCUACUUGUCAAAUUUCAGCUUCUAACUGAUUAUAGCGGAUCAGUGCUGCAACACUAGAAGUCCAGUUUCCAGUACAAACCAAGUGUGCCUCUGGUGCAUGUGCUACUCUUUGGUGUUAUUUGUAAAAAUAAGAUAGUUGUCCAUAUCUUGCAAAAGAAGGGAAAGCCCUAAAAAUAUCCAAGCAUCAGCUAAAUGCUUAUUUUAUGGCUUUGAACUGGAACUGAAUUUCAUCCUUCCCCAUCCCCACUCUAGGAUCUCUGAUGCUGUUGAGGCAAAUGGAGAAGACACUUCCUCCUCUGAAGAAGAGAGAGAAGAAAAAAAGACAGAUGUGAAUAUGGCCGAUAGGGGGGAAGAACCUAAUACUCAGGGCAACUUCCAGAAAAAAGUAACCAACUCAGAAGUGUUCAGAGACCAGCUUAAUGGCCCAAAUCAUUAUUGCAGUGAUGAUGAUGAGGAUGAUUCAGCCAUUGCUGAGCACGCCGUACCGACAAUAUAUUUCUCUCAUACUGUGGAACCUAAAAGGGUUUGUAUUGCAAGGAUUGUUGAAUUCAUAUUAUGGAGAUUGUUAUCAAUUUGUAAUGCUUUUCCUGCAUAAUACGCUGCUACUUUUACAUGUCGAGAGACCAGGCUUAUUUAGGGUUCUAACUAAUGUUGUAUUCUCAUGAAAUGAUUAGGUAAAAGGGGGGCUUUUGCAUUUCCAAUCUAAACUCUUUGCUUUCAAACUUAAAAAGAUCACAUGUGAAAAGAAUAUGGUAUUAAAAUCUACAUGCUACCCAAAACUGCUUAAAAUCUUGUUGGCUUUAGGUAAAAUGGGAAAUAGAUUUAACCAAGAAUGUCCUUUUUUCUUAGUAGGCUUUGAGGGCAAGAAAUGGGAUUAUGCCUCUUCAUUUAAAAAAUAAAGCAGACUUUGCUUUCUAUCUGAAGAGGAUUCCUACCAUGUUCAGGUCAUUGGAAAGAGUAGUCAGAAGGACACCUAGGUACACCUAGGACCUGGUAUGAUUGGAUGUUGAUGGAGUGUGAUGGUAAUGCUGUUUAUUGCAUUUUCUUACACUUUGGCAUCUAGAAUGUAAACUCCAGGGUGAGCUGAAAGACUGAAGAAAUCCCAUUACUCCACCUUUUCUUUGGAGAUGUUAGCCUAACUUAUCCACAGAAAGAUGACUAACUUAUCCACAGAAAAAAUUCAGGAUAGAACAGUUUGCCCUCAGUGUUGGUGGAGGCAGGAUCUCAUCACUCAUAGGCUAUCCCCAUGCCCGAGAAAGUUGGUGCUACAACUCUUUUCUAAACCUCUGCAGAUUUGCAUUGGUAUAUCCCAAGAAGCCUGGACACUCUCCUCUCUUCCUCCCAUAUUGCUGAGACGAGAACAGAUCAGUGCUGAGGAGGUUUCCUCUGGUCUAAUGUUUCCUUCCUACUCCAUAUAUGAUAAUUAAGGAGAGAUGGGGAAGGUAUAUUGGAGCUGUUCUUUAAAAGGCUGGCUUUGUUCCCAGAUUUAAAUUGGAGGCAGAAAGUGAAAUGAGAAGAGUUGCCUCUCCUGUUAGGACAUCAGGUUUUCUGCCCCAGCCUUCUGACUGAGAAGAAGAGUUAACCUUUUGCUGCUUUCUCUCAUAGCUGAUGAACAACAAUUUUGUUUAAAUUUGGUUUAAGUUAUAGCCCUGAAUAGAAUUAGUGUUUUGAAAUUUAUCUAGAUUUUUCACUGUCACAGUGGAUUUCCUUAUGGCUAGCAGUGCAUCUCAGGUCACCUUAAAUCAAGGGUGCUCAGGGUUGUGUCUAGAUUUUGCUAUCUUGUGGUGUACUACAGCCUGCUGUGUCAUCCAAACCCAGAAGUGUGGUUAAGUGCAAGUAUGGUUAGUUUAAACAAGCCAGCUUCAGAAACAAUGGUUUGAAAUUGGCUUGUUUGCAGUUACCCACGACAAAUUGUGGUUAACCAAAAGACUAACCACACUUCUGGGUCCACACAUAACAAACCACUGUUAGCUGAAAACAGAAUCAGAAGCUUCUAACCUCUCACAGCUAUGCCAAAGAGGAGUGGAUGGGUAGGAGCAAACAAGCCCAAGGCUUAUGCAGGCAACACCAAACCACAGUUUAGCAUUGCAGCCAAAACCACCCCUAUGGGGGGGGGUGCCAUAGACCUUAAUAUUUUGUUUGUUCAGCUGAUUAAAGAAUGAUAUUUUGCUGUCUUUGCUUGAUUAAAGUCUGAUUAUUUAUGACUAAUGUUUCUUUCCGCCUCAGGUACGAAUAAACACAGGAAAAAAUACUACUUUGAAAUUCAGUGAGAAGAAAGAAGAGGCAAAACGCAAGCGAAAGAAUAGCAAUGGCAAUGGGCACUCAGCUACAGAACUUCCCAGCAUCAAAACACCAGCAGACAUUUAUCGGUAUGGCACCUGUAGCAAGAACAGUUUGGUGGGGUGUGAUUCAUUUUGCAUAGUAUAGCUCUAGAACAGUUGGUAAUCUACCAAGAGCCAGAGGGCCACAGCUAAUAAUUAAUCCUAUUUAAUUCCAUGUAAUUAAUAUAAAUUAUAUAAUGUAUUCCUGAACCUUUUGUAUGCCAAAUUGCACCUGGUAGGAAUAUCUCACUUAUUCUGUAUUAUUCAUAUUUGACAAUUAUUCAAUUAUUCAGUUAAAUGGUUCCUUAAAAAUGGCUUGGCCAUUAUGAAAAUUGCAAAAACAAUCAAUUUGUGUUUCAUUUUGCUGCUAUACCUACUUAAGGCAUUUAGCAGAUAUUGCUAUUAAUGUUUUCAUAUUGUUUUUAAUUGCUACUGCUAUUAAUGUUUUCAUAUUGUUUUCAUAUCACUUCAUAUAAAAACAAAACAUCUGUCUGUGAGUGUAUUAAUGGAGAAAUUCUCAGAGCUGAAAAAUUUCCAAACUACUUUGGGGUGGCAUGUUCCUUACUCUUCUAAAGUGAUUUACUUUAUUGGCAACCGAUCAUAUCCAUGGCAGAGCUACUGAGAAAACAUCCCAUGACUUUACAGCAGCUUAUGCUUUGCAUGCCACAAGUUCCAGGUUCAGUAUUCAAUAUCUCCUGUUAAAACGGCCUUCUUCAAACAGAUUCCUGACAGAUGUUGCUGGAUUACAAGUGCCAUCAUCCCUAACCAUUGAGCAUGCAGGCUGGGGCUGAUGGGCGUUGUAGUCCAACAACAUCUGGAGGACAUCAGGCUGGGAAAGGCUGCAUUAAGGGUUGGAGGUAGGUGAUGCUUGGAAAAACCUUGAGACAUUGAAGAGAAACUGCUAGCAAGAAUAUAGACAAUACAGAACUAGGUGGACCCAUGAUCUCUCUCUGUCUCUGUAUCUCACUCCACCCUCUGCCAAGCCUGUGAAGCUCACAAAUUUUUCAGAUCUUCUUUCACUUAAAUAACCGCACAUUAUUCUCUUGAGCGUGAUAGAUAAUUUGAAGCCAAAUCUGAUUAUUAAAAGCAAAAACAGUGUCACUUUAUAAAAAGGUUCCUUCAGGUGGUGUCCAGUUUCAUUUUGCAAAAUACAAGUCUUUGUAAAGCUCUAAUAAGAAUGUUCACUCCUGAAGAAAUGUGAUAGGUAUCCACUCAAAAGUGGCAGGGUAACAGUUGCGUUGCUGAAUGUAAUCCACCUACCUUGCAUCUUUUACAAGAGUUCAGUAAGAAAGUUGACUAGGCAAAGUCAUCAUAAUUAAUUUGUACCAAAGACAGUGAAAUUAUUGUGAAUUUGUCAUGUGGUUCUCUGCCCUCCUUCUCACAUAGUUUAUUAAAGCUAACAUUUUCCUUUUGCAGAGUCUUUGUUGAUGUUGUGAAUGGAGAGUAUGUCCCUCGUAAAUCAAUUUUGAAGUCUCGAAGCCGUGAGAACAGUGUUUGUAGUGAUACCAGUGAGAGCAGCACUGCUGAGUUUGAUGACAGACGAGGAAUUCUGCGGAGUGUGAGCUAUGAUGAAAGUACCUACAGUGAUAACAGCGAAGGAAUCUUAGUGGAGGAAGAAGAGGGGGAGCAGGAGCAUCUUUCAAAAAAACCAUCGCCAUUAUCAGGAUUGUAUGAGGUACAGAGAGAAGGUUCUUUGUUUCUUUUUAGGAGAAAACAUUAGAACAAAUUAGAAACCUUCUUAAUGUUGAUUUCAUUUUUCGUAAAUUGUCUCUUUAGCUGCCACCAGCUUAUUCCUUGGGCAGAACAACAAAAAUGUGCAUUCCUUCAUCUACAGGCACACUAUUCUCUUUCUGACUAAGGCAUGCCGGGGGCAUUUCACAAAGGCAGCCUUUUCCCCAUGUCAGUGUGAUUAGAGCACAGGUGCCUCUGUCAGUGCUCUUUCCUAAGUCAGGUAAACCAUUUAUAAAAUACUCUCUUGUGAACCUUGGCACUUGCAUCCUAGAUGCAUUUACUGGGAAGUAACUGCCACCAUUUCAGGGGAAGUACGUUUUCUUAGGAUUUAGUUGAGAUUUCCUCCUCAGCUAGAAAGAAACUGGAGAGUUCUGCACUCUUUCUUGCCUUGUACUCGAGGGCAAAUGGAUCAAAGGGGCCAGAAAAAAAGGGAUACUCUGGCAGCAGGGUAAGUUGCUCAGAGGACAUCCACCUCUGAAAGCAGCACAAGGAGUGGAGGCACACAGACUUUUUCAUUGGGAGAGGCACAUAAUAACAAUGGGAAAAGAGAGGGCCUUGCUUCCUAGGAGUGACUAAUGAAAAUCUGUUAUUUAGCAUUUUGUUCACAUCUUGCCUACUAUAUGAAGAGCCAUGCUGGAUCAGGUUAAAAUGACCAGCUGAUCCAGGGACCCCUUUCCUGGAGCGGACAGCCAGAUGCCUCCAGAUAAGUUAACAUAAGGCAGUCCGCAAGGGGACAAUUCCCUAAUGUACCUCGCAGUCUUCCGGCAUUAAAAAAUAUAUUGAGCUUGUCUGCCACUUUCUAUAAAAUCUUACUUAACUGUUGUGAUGAUGUUGACAGGGGGGAAACAUGUCAACACGCAAAAUAGUUUGUAGUUCGUACACCAGGUGUCAGCUUGAAGCAGUUAAAGGAGGCACAAUAUGAAACCUUGAAAGUGCAAUAUGAUUGAAAUGUUGACAGGCCCCAAAUCUGCAAAGUUGUAUCAGUUGCGGAGCUGAAAUUUACUAUUGCAUCAUCUGUUUUUAUGUUCUUGAAGACCAUUUUUUUUUCUUAUUCCAAAACGUACAUAGAGGUAUGAAUAUCUCUCCUUAGAACACUAGCACUCCUUCUGGUUUUCUUUUGAGGAAGCUAGACAGUUUUCCUUUGCGGGGAGUUGCUGUUGGUUUGGUGGAGUUUUUUCUAUAUUUUUGACUAAAAGAGAGAGUGACGGUAAUACACUUUGUAACCUAUAAGCUUAUUUUCAAGGUUUCCUUUCCUUGUAGGCUUUCUCGGGGACUGUUGUCGAGAAGGAGCCUUUGUCUCCUGCUUCAGCACCACACCCAGUAAUCGCUCACCCUGCCCUACCUACCAUUCUGGAGCGAAAAUCUGAGGAAGUUCUUUCUGAAGCUUCAGAAGAAACUACAAAGAGGGUUUCAAAAUUCAAAGCUGCCAGAAUGCAACAGAAAACCUAGUUUCUGCUUAGACAAUGGAAGUUUAAAACGGCAGGCUGCGUUGAUUUGAUACUGUUCAUGUUUAGACCUCUGUUGAUGAUAUUUCUAAAAAAAAAAAAAAAACAAAUCGGUGAAAAAACACUUCAAAAUUCUUCUUAUUUUCUUAAUAUCCCUGUAUGCAGUCAGCACCUUUGUAUAUGUUUGCCUUACGAUAACAGCACUUGGAAUAAUUUUCAAAAGAAUAAUCUUCAUAAGGCUGUGUGUGUGUGUGUGUUUAAACCUAAAUACAGGCAGUUUUGUACCAGAUGUGAUGUUCUACAUACCAUAUGGGUUGUUUGAAAGAAACUUUGCAACUUUCAAAUAGAGCCAACAAUUAUAUUUCAUGAUUUGCUUUAGCGUUUAAGACUUGCUCAUAUCCCCCAUUGUUUUGUAGGGUUUGCUUUUAGGUGUCUGUGCUGACGAAUCAUUUCUUUCCUACUAGCAUAAAACCUCUGAUAACUUGUAUAAACUCUAUGAAACAGAACGCUGUGUUCGCGUACUUUGCAGGGAUGUUUCUUUGAUGGAAAAAAUGGUAUUUUGUAAAAUUACACUUUUCAAGUAAAAGAAAAAGAAAAAAUCUGAAAUGUUGAAAGUAUUCUCCUUUGGGUUAUUAUAUACAGUGGAGUUGAAACAUUUUCUCAGUUCCAAAUUCCUUGAGCAUGUUCUCUGACCUUUCCAAUACAGAGCCCUUUACUCUC